GUUGAAACUGGGGUUCCUCCACCGAGACUGAUCAGGACCUUCACGAUUGAAAGGCUGUAGCAUCAACCUUCGAAUUUAAGUAAGGCCGUCUGGAUCUCUUUCUCGGCUAGCAUGGAUUUCUUGGAGUACGCCGAUGUGUCCUGCGAGCAUCGAGGCUCCAUGCAAUCUGGAAAAUUAAAAUUGACGGACGAAAAGGUCCAGUUCAAGCCCCAUGCCAAAUCCGGCAAAGCCGACUUGAUUCCACCCGAUCAGAUUGAUGUGGUCAAUUGGCAACGCCUGGCCGGGUCCUGGGGCAUCCGGAUCUUCACCAAGGACGGCCUGUUGCAUCGAUUUGCCGGAUUCAAAGAGGCGGAACGUGAGCGCUUGGCCAAGUUCUUCACGCAGUAUUACAAAAUGGAUCUGUUGGAUCGCGAGUUAAGCGUCAAGGGCUGGAAUUGGGGUGCGGCCAAUUUCAACGGGUCCGCUUUGAGCUUUGAAGUGGGUAAGAGCGAUUCCUACGAAAUCCCCUUGCCUUACGUGAACCAAUGCAAUCACGGCAAGAACGAGGUCACGCUGGAGUUUCACCAAAACGAUGAUGCUCCGGUGAUGUUGUGCGAGAUGCGCUUCCACAUUCCAGCCUCUGAGCUGGCCGGAGACGAUCCUGUCGAGGCUUUCAAAGAGCAAGUGCUUAAGAAAGCUUCGGUGGUCACCACUUCGGGUGAUGCUAUCGCCAUCUUCCGGGAGAUUCACUGUCUGUCUCCGCGUGGUCGUUACGAUGUCAAGAUCUUCCCUUCUCAUAUUCAUUUGCACGGCAAGACCUUCGAUUAUAAGAUUUCUUCGUCGAGCGUCAUGCGAUUGUUUCUCCUGCCGCACAAAGAUCAACGUCAGAUGUAUUUUGCUGUCAAUUGCGAUCCACCCAUUAAGCAGGGCCAAACUCGCUAUCAUUACUUGGUACUAAACUUCAAACAGGAAGAUGAAUCUGAAAUUGAGUUACCGUUCACCGAUGAGGAGCUGCAAGAGAAAUACGACGGGAAAUUGGAACGAGAACUCAAUGGUCCCACGUACGAAAUUUUGUCCAAAAUUCUCAAAGCUUUGACCAACAAAAAAGUGAUCGUCCCCGGCAACUUUUUGGGCCACUCAGGUACACCCGCUAUUUCUUGCUCACACAAAGCCGCCUCAGGGUUUUUGUAUCCGUUGGAACGAGGCUUUAUCUUCGUCUACAAGCCUCCCAUUUACAUUCGAUACGACGAGGUCAGGUCCGUGAGCUUUGAGCGAAGUGGCGGAUCCACCCGCUCAUUUGAUAUCUCCGUCGAUGCUGGUAGUGACAUCAUGUAUACAUUCUCUUCCAUCGAGAAAGGGGAAUACUCCCGUUUGUACGACUUCCUCAAGGAUAAGAAAGUGAAACUCAAGACCUCGGGCAAAGUCGGCGAAAAGAGCGGGCUUAAUUUCGACGAUGAGACGAUCGAUCACAACUUGGAGAAAGUUAAGGCUGAUGCCCAAGAAUUUAGUAGUGGUGAUGAUAGCAUGUCGUCGGAUGAUUCUGACUUCAACCCUGACAACCUCGAGGCUCUCUCCGCUAAAGAGGAAUACGAUUCGGAGCCUUCAACCACAUCGGGUGACAGUUCAUCGGGCGAUGAGCAAGGUGAGGUCGCGGAUAAACGGCGAGAAGAAAGAAAGAAACGCAAAGAGGAGAAACGAGGCAAACGAGACAAGAAAGCCGUAUCCAGUGGGGGUGGUGAAAAGAAAAAAAAGCGCAAGCAGACGCGAACGAAAUUGCCUGGAGAGCCCAAGAGGAAUCAAUCUGCUUACUUCUUGUGGAUGAAUGCCAAUCGAGAGCGCGUUAAGGAAGAAAAUCCCAGCUUGAAUCUCACUGAGUUGGGCAAGAAGUUUGGCGAGAUCUGGAAAACCAUGGAAGAUAAAUCGGAAUGGGACAAAAAAGCUGCUGAGGACAAGAAGCGUUAUGACGACGAACUUACCAAAUGGAAAGAGGAAGGUGGAAACGAAUUGCUUGCCAAUCAAAAGAAAGAACGACGGAAAGAAAAGCGGGCGGCUAAGGCUGGAACCUCGAAACCCCCCAGCAAGUCAAGUUCGAAGCCCAAAUCAUCCUCAUCUGCUGCAGCUCCGUCAGCCACUUCUCCCGCCAAACCACCAGGAGGAUUCAAGAGCAAAGAGUUCAUCGAAGAGUCUGAUUCGUCUUCGGAUGGCGGUGAUUAGAAGGCUCGGUCCAUUUUGUAUUCUGCUUAAAAGUUGCAACGAAAGAAAUGGUUGUAAAAUGGCGUUUAGCCACCAAAACUGUGGAGUGAUGGAAUUUCUAAGGUGAACGGUGUUGCAGAGACGAGCAUUCCCUUCGCAUUAUUUCCGUGAAAAAACUAUUCCAACCGAGAAUGAGCCCAUUCAUAUUUUGUAUUCUUAAAUUGUUUGUAAGUCGACCACAAUGUAUACAUUAGACAUUCUGAAAUAGGGUGAGUCCCUGUAUGUACCAUGGA